UGGUUUAACUAUUUUAUAUUUAAAUAUUGGUGACGUUAAUAUUUCUCUAAUAUACAAAUCAUUGCUUCUUCCAUAUAUGAGAGAAAGUUGAAACAGAUCUCUAGCAGCCAAAUCAUUGAAGACAGCACAGGUCAAGAGGAAGAAGUUUCAACAUAUAGGAACAAGAGUAUAAUCUCAUUCCUAACAUAUCCAGAGCAUCAAUUAGGUAUAAUAUUAAUUCAUGGUCAGUAAUUUACUUGCAAAUAAAAGAAGAAUGAAUGGUUAAAGAUCAAGUUGAGAAAUAGCUUUCUAAGGUACUUGUUUGUAAACACUGUUCAUUAUCUAUCAUGACUAGUCAACAAAUUUAGCCAAGAUGAAGGCUUAAUUUAAAAUAUUUGUCCUUACUAGAGAUCCAUAUGGAGUUUAUCUUGGUUAAAUAUGUUAAUUUGACAUGAUUGAUAAUUCAUCAUAUCAGAUUGAAUCAAAAAUUAAGUGAAAUGAAUUUUAAUCAGUGUCGUGUCAUAGCGGUGCUAUGACGCCAUUGAAUAGUGGAAUUUCAAAAAACUGCUAUUGUUUCAUGAUGUGCUAUAUAGUACAAAAUUAUAUUUGAAAAAAUCGCUACUUUCCGCUAUCCUCAAUUGAGUAAAAGCUUUCUCUUUCGGAUUACCCUCUGCCUGCCAUAUUCUGAUAUACAAGGGGGAAGAGGCAAAUAGUGAUCUAGAGUUCUAAUCUUAUAGGAUAUUCUUCUUUUUGGAGCUUCUUAAGUAUAAUAUUUUGUAUUUUAUUGUCUCUUGGUUAUUUCUAACAUUGUAGGCUAUAGUGGAAUAAGUUAAUUCAGUUAAUAUUCCACAAAUGAGUAUGGUGCAUGGUUUUGUAUUGCGGCGGUAUGUAACAGCAGCAGUUGGUUCAAUUACGAAGUUUAGAAGAUCUUCAUGUUGGAAUGAAACACUAUAUUCAAAGAAAGGAAUUUCGACUGUUAAUUCCCAACAUUUCACAAAAGCGUUACGUUUGGGGCCUUGUAUAAGUUCUCAAUUUUCUUCAGUUUCAAUAAAUGCAACAACUCAAUAUGAUGUUUUUGUUAGCUUUCGCGGCGAAGACAUCCGCGCGAAUUUUCUUAGUCAUUUGAUUGAGGAUUUUGAUCGAAAGAAAAUAAAAGCCUUUGUAGAUGAUAAACUUAAGAGGGGAGAUGAAAUACCACAAUCACUUGUCAGAGCAAUUGAAGGAUCGUUAAUUUCCUUGAUCAUAUUUUCACACGACUAUGCUUCUUCAUGUUGGUGUUUAGAAGAACUUGUUACAACACUUCAAUGCAGAGAGAAAUAUGGACAGAUCGUUAUACCUAUUUUUUAUCAGGUAGAUCCUACAGAUGUAAGAUAUCAAAACAAGAGUUAUGAUAAUGCAUUUGUUGAACUCCAAAGAGGGUAUAGCUCCACCAAGGUGCAAAUUUGGAGACAUGCUUUGAACAAAUCUGCUAAUUUAUCUGGAAUUAAGUCAUCAGAUUUUCGGAAUGAUGUCCAACUUCUUAAAGAAAUCAUCAAAUGUGUGUCGAUAAAUUUGAACAACAAGCAACUAGUUAGCUCAAAAGGACUCAUUGGAAUUGGAAAACAAACUGCACAUCUAAAGUCAUUAUUAAGCCAAGAGUCAGAAGAUGUUCGUGUUGUUGGGAUUUGGGGUAUGGGUGGUAUUGGCAAGACAACCCUUGCAGAAGAAGUGUUUCACCAACUACAAUCUGAGUAUGAAGGAUGUUGUUUUCUAGAAAACAUAAGGGAAGAAUCGGCAAAACAUGGAAUGGUUUUCUUAAAAGAAAAGCUUAUUUCUGCACUGUUAGAUGAAGUUGUUAAAGUUGACAUUGCAAAUAGAUUGCCUCAUUAUGUUAAAACUAGGAUUCGUCGCAUGAAAGUUCUUAUUGUUCUAGAUGAUGUGAAUGAUUUUGAUCAACUUGAAAUCUUAUUUGGAGAUCAUGAUUUGUUUGGAUUUGGUAGUAGAAUCAUUAUAACAACAAGAGAUAAGCAAAUGCUUUCUAAAGAUGUUGAUGAUAUAUUGGAGGUAGGUGCAUUGGACUAUGACAAAUCACUUGAGCUUUUCAAUUUGAAUGCUUUCAAAGGUAAGGAACUUGAAAUUGAGUACAAUGAGCUAUCAAAGAGGGUGGUGAAUUAUGCCAAAGGCAUUCCAUUAGUUCUUAAAGUUUUGGCGCAUCUUGUCCGCGGAAAAGAUAAGCUAGUAUGGGAAAGUCAACUAGACAAGCUUAGAAAAAUGCCAAGUAAAAAAGUUCAAGAUGUAAUGAGAUUGAGUUAUGAUGAUCUAGAUCGCGAAGAGCAAAAGAUUUUUUUAGAUAUUGCAUGUUUUUUCAAUGGGUCGAAUUUGAAAGUGGACUACCUAAAACUAUUGUGGAAAGAUUCUGAAAGUGAUAAUUCAGUAGCCAGUGGGUUAGAAAGGUUGAAAGAUAAAGAUCUUGUUUCUGUUUCUAAACAUAAUGUUAUAUCUAUGCAUGGAAUUAUACAAGACAUGGGUAGGGAGAUUGUUCGCCAAGAAUCAAGUGGAGACCCUGGAAGCCGUAGUCGAUUAUGGGAUGAUGACAUUUAUGAAGUAUUAAAAAAUGACAAGGGGACUGAAGAAAUUAGAAGCAUAUGGAUGCCAUUGCCAACACUUAGGAAUCUGAAGUUAAGCCCUUCAACAUUUUCUAAGAUGAGAAAUCUACAAUUUCUGUAUGUCCCUAAUGUAUAUGAUCAAGAUGGUUUUGAUCUUCUUCCUCAUGGACUUCAUUCUAUGCCACCUGAACUAAGAUACCUCUGUUGGAUGCAUUACCCUUUGAAAUCAUUGCCAGAUGAAUUUUCAGCGGAGAAACUCGUUAUAUUGGACUUGUCAUAUAGUCGAGUUGAAAAACUCUGGCAUGGAGUGCAGAACCUGCUGAAUUUGAAAGAAGUUAAGCUCUUUUACUCAAGGUUCCUGAAGCAGUUGCCGGACUUUUCGAAAGCCCUGAAUCUGGAAGUAUUGGAUAUCCAUUUUUGUGGUCAGUUGACUAGUGUGCAUCCAUCUAUUUUCUCUCUAGAAAAUCUUGAGAAAUUGGAUCUCAGUCAUUGCACUGCCCUUACCGAGCUAACAAGUGAUACACAUUCAAGCUCCCUAAGAUAUCUUAGCCUUAAGUUUUGCAAAAAUAUAAGAAAGUUCUCUGUGACAUCAGAGAAUAUGAUAGAGUUGGAUUUACAAUACACACAAAUCAAUGCAUUGCCUGCAUCAUUUGGACGUCAAACCAAGCUUGAAAUCCUACAUUUAGGAAACUGUUCCAUUGAAAGAUUUCCUUCAUGUUUUAAGAAUUUGAUAAGACUGCAAUAUCUAGACAUAAGAUAUUGCCUUAAGCUGCAAACUCUACCAGAGCUUCCUCAAUCUCUUGAAGUUCUACACGCGCGAGGAUGCACAUCACUAGAGAGUGUGUUGUUCCCUUCAAUUCCUGAACAAUUCAAGGAGAACAGGUAUAGGGUUGUAUUCGCGAAUUGCUUGAAAUUGGAUGAACAUUCUCUUGCAAAUAUUGCGUUUAAUGCGCAAAUAAACAAUAUGAAAUUUGCAUGCCAACAUGUAUCAGCUUUGGAACAUGAUUUUCAUAAUAAGUUCAAUGAUUAUAAGGAUCACAAUGAUUCUUAUCAAGCAAUUUACGUGUAUCCAGGAAACAGCGUUCCAGAGUGGUUUGAGUAUAUGACAACAACGGAUUAUGUAGUCAUUGAUCUAUCUUCUUCUACAUCAAGUUCCCCUUUGCUCGGCUUCAUUUUCUGUUUUGUACUUGGUGGGAACCGGUUAAUUGUUGCCCCGUUAAAAUUUAACAUCACUAUCUGUGAUCUUGAGGACCAAGGUAAGGAGGAGGAGCAUUUUGAACUCUGCAUAUCUAGACCAUCUGCAAGUAUUGUAUCCGAUCAUGUUUUUAUGCUCUAUGACAAACAAUGUUCUUGCUACCUAAAUAGCAAAGCCAAAGAUAUGACAAGGUUUGAAAUCAAGGUAACAACACGUUUAUCAUCCAUGCAUCCUAUAAUUUAUUCAGGCAUGUGUAUGGAGCUAAAAGGGUUUGGUGUUAACGUAAUAGAUGCCUCAGCAUAUCACAGUUUCAUUCAGACGAUGGGAUUGCCUGAUUGAUUAUCUUGUACCUGAAGGAAAGACGCUUCUUGUCUUCGAUUAUCACAUAUUGUUGAUAAUAUGUACCAGCAGAUCAUGAUUAGAAGGCUCAAUUUUUACUUUGUAAUAUAAUUGUGGACUUGAUCUACCAAAGUUGGAACAUAAAUUCCUCAUAUACAGAAGAAAUAAGAAUGCUUCUUUGAUCAA